UUUAGAAAAAUGAGAGUUUCCUACUGCUAUCUGCUUCUCCUUUUUCUUUUUCCUAGCUCACCGAAAUAUUUCAGUCAGUUAUGUGGUGCUAAUCCUGAUCCUACCAAUGGAUUCGUCUCUGUCCCAUUAUCAGAGUACAACUUUGAAUUACAGAAACCCUAUGACAUACCACUUGAGCAACGGUACAGUUAUGUUGAUGGAGUCAGGCAUUUGUGGGUCUAUGCCGAUGACAAGCCACAUAACCCGAAUAGUCAAACUCAGCCACGCACUGAAGUUCGCAUUAGGGGACUCGACUAUUCAUCUGGAAUAUGGCAAUUUGAAGGGUAUGGCUUUGUGCCAAAUGGAACCUCUGGUGCAACCGUAGCACAGAUCCAUGGAGCAGCUCAGGGCGCCACCACUAUUAUACUAAGAAUCUACAAUGGCGAUAUGAGGUAUUAUAGUGGAGACUUGGUGGCUACUGAUCUUUACGAUAAGUGGUUCAGACUUAACAUCGUACAUGAUGUGGAUGGAGGGACUGUGACUGUUUAUAUUGAUGGACUCCGGAAAUUUCAAGUGAAGGAUAAAGGGCCAGGCGACUUGUACUUCAAAUGUGGAGUUUAUGCUGCUCCACGUAAUAUAAGCUAUUACAUGGAAUCACGUUGGAAAGACAUCAAAAUAUAUAAAAAGUGCUGA